UAUUGCAGAAGCAUUCACAAUGACGCCCCGUGCGGCGUGUGCGCGCUGGGAAGAUUGUAGGCCGUCCUUCGCGGUAACAUGGCUCACUGAAUAGUCGAUGUAUAUUCUCAUCACCCUACGGAAAGUAGCGUCCUAUGGUCAACGCACGACCGAAAGUUCUUUCGCAAGUCUGAUGGUGCAGAAUCAGAUAGUCAGAACUAGGCAAGAGGCCGUGGAAUUCAGCGAUGAAGAAUCUUCAAACUGUGAAGCCGCUGGUAUGCGAGAACCUAAGUGGAAACAAGGCAGGAACACGACGUACAACUUGCCGAUUGAGCCUGCUCAUACUUUAGAUGGAGCCAGGCCCAGCAACCUAGUAAACAUGUUGCCCCGCAUUGGCGACACUCGCAAGUCAUGGAAGAUGUAGAAAAACAACGCUCAACGGUCAGAGCAUUGACCGCACGGACGGAUCGGCCCGCAGUGGCCCCGAUCAAAGGGUGUC